AUAAGCUUUUAUUGGGUAUCAGCAGUUGUCUUUCAUUAGGAGGAAGAGUGAGGAAGGUACCAAAGGGUGUAGCCAACUUUUAUAAACUUUACAGGGUUUUGAGUGCUUGAACUUACUUUUUCAUUUUACUUCAUCCUCUAAGGAGCACAGUCACUUGGUGUGCCUACUUCACUUCUUUUAAGCGAAAGAACAGCGGACAGGCAGCAUGAGUGACUGGGGUUCCUUAGGCCAGCUCCUCGGCAAGGUUCAAACCUACUCCAACCCUGGAGGGAAGGUAUGGCUCUCCAUCCUUUUCGUAUUCCGAAUCCUGCUCCUGGGGACAGCAGUUGAGUCAGCCUGGGAUGAUGAGCAGUUUGCCUUUCGUUGUAAUACUCGGCAGCCUGGUUGUGAAAACGUCUGCUACGAUAAGUCCUUCCCGAUCUCUCACGUGCGCCUCUGGGUGCUGCAGAUCAUAUUUGUGUCUGUCCCCUCACUUUUGUACCUAGUGCAUGUAUUCUACUUGCUGCGCAAGGAACAUAAUUCGAAAAGGAAAGGGGAGGAACUGACAGUUGCUCAAACCAAUGAUGUCAACGUGGAGGAAAUCAGAAUCGAAAUCAAGAAGUUCAAGUUCAGCGCUGAAGAACACUAUAAGGUGAAAAUGAGAAGGGACUUGCUGCGAAUCUAUACCGUCAGCAUCUUCUUCAAGUCUCUUUUCGAGGUGGCCUUCCUGCUGAUCCAGUGGUACAUCUAUGGAUUCAGUCUAAACGCGGUUUACACUUGUAAACGAGACCCCUGCCCGCAUCAAGUGGACUGCUUCCUUUCUCGCCCCACAGAGAAAAAUAUCUUCAUUCUCUUCAUGCUAGUGGUGUCCUUGGUGUCUCUUGCUUUGAACAUCGUCGAGCUAUUCUCUGUCUUCGUCAAGAGCAUUAAGGACCGUGUGAAGGAUUCAGAGAGUGAGUCUUACUAUGUUAUAUCUGGUGUGCUGGGUCCCUCCAAAGACAGUUCAUCAGUUGUUGCUCUCUCUGACAUGUCCGUUCCCAGGAACAAGCUUGUUCCCGGAAACGCAAACAGUUCUUUCUGCCUCAGUUACAGCAAACAAGGAAAUGAGCAAAACCGUGCUAAAUAGAGUGCAUAGCAAGGUUUAAUGGGGCAGGCAAGAAGCACCGCCUCUCCACUCGCUCACGCAGCCUUUUAAUUUCCCUGAUGAUAAGCAGAUUCUGAGGGAAAAAAACCCAAAAACCCUAGCUACUGGGCAGUAGCCAUUGUAGACAGCAGCCAUUCUGCAAAGCCAGCAGUCAUGCCAGCAGCAGCCUUGAUGACCUAGAGAUCUAGACACAUGCUUGAAAGCAUUAUGAUUUUGCUCAAUUGUUAAAGUAAAAGGAAGGUACAAUGGAGAGUGUACUUUUGUUCCAGUGGAAGCAGUACCGAACACUGUCAGUCACAAGGCUUAGUGGACAUAAAGGGUUCUUUUGGAGUAUCUGGGAUAGGAGGGGAGAGACGGGGAGGGAUUAAUUAAUCAGAGGAACAUCUUGGUAUUUAAAAUGGUUGACUCGAAGAAUUUACAUUUUAAAUAAAGUCUCCAUCAGGUGGUACAUAAGUAAAGACUUUGUCUCCCAUAUUCCCCAAGAAUGGUUCAGUGUAUAUGAAGGAGUGAUAGAUAUUUGUGAUGUGUUGGUACAGACACAGUAUAAACUCAUGAACAUGGAUUAUUAAAAUAAUGCAGUGUUCAAAUUUGAGCCUUUGUCACAGAUUUUGUGGUAUGGGCCAUAUGAUGUUUACAUUACAUAAUUCCUACUGUGAAAGUGAAGCACUCCUCCCUCCCCCACUCAGAUGCCCCCCUUCAGCCACUUUAUUCUAUUAGGGACACCGGUUCUGUUCAUUACGAUUUUUUUCUUUUGUAGAAAGAUGUCGGGAAUAAUGUCCUUUUUCUGAAAUGUAAUCAUUGAUACUUGAAUGAUACACUUUUAGUUCUGUGAACAGCAGUCAUUAAUGUGAGAAACUUAAAAGGAACGAAUAGAGCUGAACUAUUAAAUGUUCUUACAUGAAUUUUGCAGUAACUGAUAGUUCUUGGCUUUGUUCUACUUAA